AUGGCUAAUAGUCCUUUGGUAUUCUUCAAUUCUGCCUUCUAUCAUUUGGUUAAAUCCUCAAGUGCCACACCAAAGGAUGGACAGAAGAAAGCUUUGGUGUGGAAGUUGUCCCCGUUUAGAAUUGAUUUUUCUUGUUCUUCAUUUCAAUCGUUCUUGGAUGGUUGGAAGUUUUUGGUGAACCAAGCUAUUUCUUCAACUGGUAAAUCGGUUGUUCUCAGUUUGAUUUCAUUUUGUGUUUGGUGUAUUUGGAAGGCUCGGAAUCGAAUGGUGUUUGAGGGGGUGUUAUGGAGCCCGGGGAAGGUGGUGGAGAAGGCCACCACAAGUUUUUGGGAAUUUAGGGAGGCUAAAUCCCAAUGCAAAAAAUUGGAUAAUGCUAUUUCCCCACCCUUUUCGAUUUGUUGGGUGCCUCCUGACCACAGGUUUUUCAAAUGUAAUAUUGGUGCCAAUUUUGUUCCAAGCUCUUGUCGUGGUAGUGGUGGCGCCGUGUUUAGGGAUUCUCAAGGUUUUAUUAUUCAUGCUGUGGUUUUUAGACCUUUCUUUGCUUCCUCGGCAAUGGUCGCGGAAGCUUGUGCAUUUCAACGUGCUAUUUUUUGGCCCUCCUCCCUAGGCUAUAAUUGUUUGUGUUUUGAAUUAGAUGCCAAUGUUGUUGUUGAUGCUGUGGUGGGACAAUCAGAUUAUCCUUCUGAGAUUGCAACUCUUUGUUUUGAUAUCAAGGACGACCUUAAAUCUUUUUCUUCUGUUUCUAUUAAUCAUGUUUGUAGAUUGGGUAAUCAGGUGGCUCAUGCCCUUGUGGUUUUUUCUCGUGCCUGUAUGCCUAAAGAUCGGGUGUUGAUUCCUCUUCCGUUUCAGAUUGUGGCUUUAGCUAGGGAUGAUGCGUUGGGUCUUGUUCCUUAG